GUCGCGCAGUGUACGUUUCAGGACUUUCUGCUACAAUUGUAGCGAAAAAGCUGUAGCGCUACGGUAGCGAUGCGACCCCGAAACACAGUCAAUUUCAUGAUUCAUGCUGCGCAUGCCAUCUGACAUUUCAAACCGUUUUCAGCGGGAAUGUGUUAAAACUUUUUGACGGUAAAGCAGUGUGUUUUUCGUCUACAACACUUGGACAUAGUAUUUUAAAAUGGCAUCCACCGCAUCAACGGUGAAUGUACAAACGGAGGAAGAAUUGGACGAAUAUACUCCAGCAAAAUUGAUCAAAGCAUUAGAGAAAAAUGGUAUCACAGCCGGAGAUAUCAAAAAGCUGCAGGACGCCGGUUACUACACCGUUGAAUCGGUAGCAUAUGCACCAAGGAAGGAUCUUAUAACGAUCAAGGGUAUCAGCGAGGCCAAAGCGGACAAGUUGCUACAGGAGGCAUCCAAGAUCGUUAUGAUGGGCUUUAAAAGCGCUACGGAGAUACAUCAGACACGUGCAAACAUUGUCUAUGUUACUACUGGUUCCAAGGAAUUGGAUAAACUGUUAGGCGGAGGAAUAGAAACGGGCUCUAUUACAGAGAUCUUUGGAGAAUUUAGAUCGGGAAAGUCCCAGUUGUGUCAUACCCUCGCUGUAAAUUGUCAGCUACCAAUUUGUAUGGGUGGUGCGGAAGGAAGAUGUCUUUAUAUAGAUACAGAGAAUACUUUCAGACCAGAAAGAUUGGUAGCGGUGGCUGAGCGAUACAAGAUCAGUGGAAGUUCUGUUCUCGACAAUGUUGCUUAUGCCAGAGCUUACAAUACCGAUCAUCAGACGCAAUUACUAGUUCAAGCCAGUGCCAUGAUGACAGAAGCGAGAUACGCUCUGUUGAUAGUUGACAGUGCGACUAGUCUCUAUAGAACUGAUUAUAGUGGCAGGGGUGAGUUAAAUGCUAGGCAGAUUCAUUUAGCACGAUUUCUCAGGAUGCUACUGCGACUGGCGGACGAACACGGGAUCGCCGUUGUUAUAACAAAUCAGGUAGUUGCACAAGUUGACGGCGCUGCUAGUAUGUUUGGUGGAGAUCAGAAGAAACCGAUUGGUGGUCACAUCUUAGCGCACUCGAGCACAACAAGAUUAUACUUGCGUAAAGGCAGAGGAGAAACAAGGAUAUGUAAGAUAUACGAUUCACCCUGUUUACCGGAGAGCGAAGCGACAUUUGCCAUAAAUGCGGAUGGUAUAGGUGACGUACAGGAAUAAACUUAUUCAACCAAAUAGAAUAUAAGUAUGCAAUAUAUAUAAAAUACAAUUUAUUUUUUUAUUAAUUCACCUAACAAAUGUUUUUCUCGCGCAUAUUGAAUAUCAUUAUUUGAUCAAAAGAAAUUAAAGAAGUAAUUGGAGGAGGAUGAGACAAUAAUAGUCUAGUGAUGAAUUUAAAUUAAUUGUUAAGUUAAUUAGAAUUAAAAAGAAAUUAGAGAUGUACAGUAUAUGUUUCUUACUCCAAUUCUAUCGAUAUAUCUUUUUCAAAAGAUUUUAUA